CUCAGCUAGGGAAGAAUUCGGUCAAUGCGACAGAUUCUCAAUAAAUUCAAUACUUAUGAAGUGCUUACGUUGUUGGAACUUGAAAGGUUGAAGUGCUUUCGAUUUGGCGUUAUGACAGUGACGUCAUCCAACGACAUGAAAAUAUCUAUGCGUUUUACAGACGUGAUGCGUCGUCUGAUGCGUUAAAGCUCCUACGUAUUUGCUUCUACAGACAAUUGCUGGUAUAAUAAUUUGGCAAAUAUCAAUGUACCGAAAAUUCAAUCGGAUUUGAAUGUUUUAUCCGUCAUUAUACGGUGCUGAUAACCCUUACUUUAAAUAAAGUUUCGAACAAGGCAGUUAUUAAGUAAAUUACUUGCAGCUUCAGAGCAGCGGUCGUGUGUGUAAGUCAUGUUACUCAACGGCAAAGCUACGUUCGCGGGGUCAUUGCUGCUCUGCUUUGUCCAGUUUAUCAACAUCUACGCUGCACCGAACCAAAUAACAACUGAUAGCUCGAACGCUGUCGAGGAGCUGCCGUGCUCGAGCUCAGGGGUGUGUCUGACGGCGGAGUGCGUGCGCUCGGCCGCCUACAUCCUCGACAGCGUCGACCCAACACAGGACCCUUGCCAUGACUUCUACAGGUAUGCGUGUGGAGGUUGGGUAGCCAAGAACGAGCACAGGACGGGCGCCAACCAACUCUACUACGCCGCAAACGUCAACCAAAUUCCUGACUUGGUUAACCAAGAAAUCAAAGUUUUAUUGCAGAGGAAGAGAAAAGUGUCGCAAGCCUUCUACGUCAGCAGCUCGUAUCGACAACUUUUUGACUUCUAUGACUCUUGCAUGAACACAGAAGCCAUAGAACAAAAUGGGUCAGCAAAAGCUUUUGAAUGGCUGAAGAAACUGAAAGAAUUUCAAGUUGGCCGAGCUUUCAAUGCAGAUAAGUGGAACUUAACUGCAGCUUUGAUUUCGCUGAUGAGGGUAAACAGCGCUCCCCUCUUCGACAUCUCCCUCGACGUGGACCCCUCAAACCCCAAGCACUGGGCCGUUGUUAUCUCGGUGCCGCGGCAGUACGGUCUCGAAGCUUCUCUCAUGCAUCGCUUACGCCAACACGUUAUCCCGGCGUCCUUUACAAGACGACUCAAGAAGAGUGAUACGACUCUACAGGCAAUGAUCAGAAUGAUACUCGACCGCACGAGGCCAGCAAACGAAAACAAAGUUCCAGGAUCAAUUGAUAAAAAGUCGGAAGAUGAAGAGGCAGCUUAUCCCUCUGAUGACUCUCAUGAAAGUGGUGAAGCUGUGGACCGAUUUACAUCGGAAAAGAAUUACGAAAAAACUCCUGCAAUGGUGGAAAGCGUUUCGACUUCGCCAUCUCUGAGUGGGGAAACAACUUCACAGGAUCUUGAGGAGAUGGACCCAAAACAAUCUUCUUCUGAACAAGAUGAAGGAGAGGAAGAGUCAAACGCUGUUUUAUCUCAAAUGGAAAAUGAAGCACAUGAAAAUCUGACCGCGGCAGUCGCAGAAUCCUUAGCCAACUAUUUUUUGCUGAACUUGAACGACUCCCUGCCUGACUGGCUCCAGGAUCUGGUGGAUCAGCCCAUUCCCCGCUCCGACAUGUACAAAAUACUCACGGAAGAAGUCGCUACAGAGCGGAAACUGGAGCUGCUGUCCAACUUAGGCGACUCCCUGACAGAGUGGGAGCAGGAGGAGGUCUUCACGGCUGCCUGCCCCGAGGCGGGCGCCGGCAUGGACGAGGCGAUGCAGCUCCUCGACAGGAGCUUCAUCGGACCCGUAGAAAAAAUCGUGCCUAGCAAGCGAGAGGUUCUUGUGGCCGAGCAAGCUGACUCCAUCUACAACGCCUACACGCUGCACACGCUUAUUUCUCACAAAAUCAACAAUCCAAAAAUACCACACUUGACUGGAAUUCAGUGGCACUACCUCAUCACAUCGCUACUCGGAGACAACUUUCAACCCAACAACACAAUUUAUGUGUACUUCCCGGAACAUCUAUCAAAUCUUAGUGACCUGCUACAAACCACUGAACCCUGGCUCCAGCACUGGGGCCUGAUCGGCUUCUACAUCAACGACAUGAUCCAUGAGCUUAUCUCAGUGGAGGACCGCGAGAACAGGGAGAAGAAGUGUAUCGAGGUGACGAAAACUGUGUUGGGAGAAGCUGUUACGCAUUUAUACCUCCAACACGUCGGCCAAGAAAGAAUUCGUUAUAUCAAGCAACAGUUCGAAGAAAUAUUAGCGUGGGUGAAGCCGACGCUUGCUGAGUCAUUAAGGGCCGCUGCGUGGCUGUCAGACGCAGAGCGGGCGGCCGCCCUCAGGAAAUUGGCGAGCGUUGGUAGCGUUGCUGGCGCUUCUGACUUCCACUGGGACACAACGCACGCUGAGAGCCUCAUGCGCAAUCUGACCAUUCAGAAGAAUGAUUUCUUCUCGAACGCCAUGGAGCUUUAUUCGGCUUUCCGGAAGCUGCUUUUCGGCCUCUACGCAAAGCCCGUGGACCACCAAAAUUUCAUUUGGGAGUUGACGACUCAGCCGUUCGUGGUGAACGCUUUCUUCGUGCAGACUUCCAACCUCAUGGUUUUCCCGGAAGCGUUUUUCCGGACACCAUACUUCCACACCGCAGCCCCCGACGUACUGAACUUUGCCACAGUCGCCACGGCCAUCAGUCAUGAACUCUUCCACGCGUUCGAACUUUCGGGAUUGAACUUCAACCAUGAGGGUGUGAAAGACCAGACAAAUAAAUUAUCAGGCCUAGAGGCUCGCCUGAGGAACGUAAGCGCCUGCUACCACAGCAGCCUUGUCGACAGUUUCGAGGAGGUCGUCAGGAUGCAGCUCAACAACGUCCAGCUUUCCAUUGAUAACGUAACUGUCAACGAAAAUCUAGCCGAUAUUUUUAGCAUUCGCAACUCCCUUUGGUCGUACGAAAAACUGAGAGUUCACAAACGUCAGAAGCAAAAUGCGCUCUUCAGUCUUCCGUCUCUUAACAUCACAGACGACCAACUUUUCUUCCUAUCAGCAGCACAGCCGUACUGUUCCGUGUUGCCGCCACUGGCCAAAAUCAUCCUCAUGGAACUUGACGAGCAUCUACCGAACGACAUCAGGUAAGUCACUGCAGUCCCUACAAAGCAUCUCUAACAAAAUAUGCAAAAUUAAGAAAAAUCGUCAAAAAUACGUUUUUUAUUAAUAGCUUCCAGACUUGACUUCCGAACAAACUUCUUACUAUACAUGCCGACUUUAAUUAAAAAUUUGCAAAUAACUUACUUCAUCGCUUAGAAUUCCAGUUAUAAAAAAAACUAUUAAAAUGGUUUUCGUUUCGUGCCUCAAUUGUUUUC